AGUCGUAGUAGUGUCGACUCCUACGUAAUUCUUGUUUUUUCAUAGCUCUUUGUUUCCGCCUGUUGUCGUUGUGGAGGCGAUCGAAAUAAUAGAAAGUAGGUUGCUGGGCUUCUCCACUCUAUUUGUUUAAAUCCUUUGCAUCUCGGAUUGUAGGUGGCGGCCUUCGCGUCUCGACCCAACCGCGUGCAAGAGUGCGUCUUGUUUUCUUAUCCAUCCAGCAUCGUUUUCUUCCGUGUGUUUGCUGCCGACUUGCGCUAAGACAGGUGCAUUCAACAUUGUCGAUCCACGCACGCACACACCAACACCAACACCAACACCAACACAAAGAAGACGAGUUAAAGCAUGCGGCUGAAGAGCACCGAGUUAUGCUGCGCCUUCGCGUGGUCGCCGGCGGUGCUCGGCCACCCGCCCCUCCUCGCCACCGCCUCCUACAGCGGCGCGAUGGACGAGAACUUCAGCAACGCCGCCUUCCUGGAGAUCCGCCUCGUCGACGUGAAGGUGACGGAUGAGACGGAGCUGCCGGUGGUGGGCCGGGUGCGGCUGCCGGACCGGGCCUACCGCGUCGACUGGUCCCCCUACACGGGCGACCAAGGCAUCAUCGGCGUCGCGUGCGGCAACGGCUGCGUGUACGUCUUCUCCGCGAAGGACGUCCUCGCCGAGGGUGCGAGUGGCGGGUGCGAGGAGGCAGGUGGGCGGCCGCGCGGGCUGCUCUGGACAGUGAAGGAGCACGCGGGCCACGCCGUCCGCGGCUUCCACUUCAACCCCUCCAAGCCGCACUUCUUCGCCACCGGGGCCGAUGACGGGGUGUGGCAGGUCUGGACCCUGCAGGACGGCGCGACCGGCGGCAUCUGCCCUCCGACCAAGAUCUCCGUCAUCGCGAACGUGCCAAACAGCGGCGCCAUUGUGCACCUGCAGUGGCACCCGAAGUACGCCCACAUCUUCGCGACGGCGACCGUGAGCGGGGUGGUGAACGUGUGGAACUUGAAGAUGGCGACGCGGGUGACCGCGCUGAACGUGUCGAAGGCGUCGCACGGGGCGCAGAUCACGGCGAUCGCGUGGAACCCCACCGCGGCGACGCAGCUCGUCGUGGGGCUGGAUGACGCCCACCCGGUUUUGCAGCUGUGGGACCUCCGCACCGGGGUCGUGCCGCUGCGCGAGAUGGUCGCCCACACCGCCGGCAUCACGGGGCUUGCCUGGUGUGAGCAGGAGGCGUCGAUGGUGGCGUCGUGCGGCGGGGAUGGCCGCACCAUGUGGUGGGACCCGAACACGGGUGAGAAGCUGGGGGAGCUGCAGCCGGUGGAACAGUACUUGGUGGAUGUGCAGUGGUGUCCGGCCCUGCCGGCGGUGCUCGCCACCUCGUCGUUUGAUCCGCUGCUGUGUGUUUCCACGGCGCAGGACGUGGCCAGCACCGGCGGCGACCGGCUUGGGGCGGUCCCGAAGUGGCUCAUGAAGCCGUGUUGUGCCUCGGUGAACAUGUCACUCACCGUGGCCUCGCUCGUCCCCGGCACCAAUCACGACUUGGCGCUCGACAACCUGCACAACGUCCCCAUGAGCCCCCAGACGUCGGAGGAUCAGCAGAUGAUGAAGCACCUGGCGAAAUUCCCGAUUGGGUCGCCGGAGCGGACGCAGUGGCUGCGCGACACCCACCACGAACUCCUGGCCGCCUUUGCAAGCGCGCAAAACUCCCGCCAGCCCAUCCUGGACUUUCUGAACGCCGACCCGGACGCGGCGAAGGCGGCGGCCGGCGCAGCGACCGGGGGCUACAGCCGCGGCGCUGACGACGAGGACGACCCCUUCGCGGCCAUCUCGCACGAGAACCAAAAGAGCUACGAGGACCGCAGCUCGGAGCUGGUGGCGAGCGGCAAGAUCGACGAGGCGGUCGACCUGUGCAUGGACGAGCACUGCUUCGACGACGCCUUCGCCCUUGCGUUUCUCAGCGGCGGGGAGUUGAUCCGCAAGGUGCACCAGCGCUACGUCGAGUACAUCGCCGCCAACAACCCGAAGAAGCGCCACGUGCUCUUUGCUGGAGCGAUCGCAUCCGGCGACUUCCGCACGCUGAUCCAAGCGGACGUGCCGUGGAAGGAGGUGCUGUCGGCCAUCGUGGCCUUUGUGACGGGGGACGGGUUUGCGGAGUCGUGCAACCUGCUCGGCGACGCCUUGCGCGAUCAGCAGAACUACGAGGGCGCCUAUCACUGCUACAUCUGCGCCCGCAACGUGGACGCCGUCGUGGACCUCUGGCGGCUGGAGCAGCGCCCCUCCCGCGAUGUGGUGCAGGACACCAUUUUGUUGGAGGAGACGACGCAGCGGGCUGCGAGUGGCGCUUACUUGGCCCAUUGCAUGUGUGACUACGGGGUGAAGCUGCUGACCGAUGGACACCCAGAGGAGGCGCUGCAGUACCUGCGGCGAGCCUGCCGCGUCGGCGACCACACCGCGGCGGUGCUGGUGGAUCGUAUGAAGUACUUGUUCGACGUCUCCCACGAAAAGCUGUCGGUGCCCUACGAACCGGCGCCGGUGUCGGACGAGCAGAGUCCGGCGUGUCAGGCGUUCCUCGCCGCUGCCGAGGCGCGCCGCAUGCGCGAACUGCAUGAACAGCAGCAGCAACAGCAGGCUCAGCAACAGCAGGCUCAGCAGCAGCAGCGCAUGUCUCCGCACCCGAACGAGAUGGCACAGCAGCAGCAGCAGCAGCAGCUGCAGCAGCAACGUCAGCAACAACCUCCGAUGAUGGGAGGCGGUUACAUGCCUCAGUCCGCAGGGCAGUCUGCCAACGCCAUGGGCGGCUUCCCACCGCUGCGUCCGCCGCAGCAACCAUCCUUUUCCCAGCAAAACUACCAGCGCCCACCGUCAGAUCACCCUGCCCCUUACACAGCACAGGCACCACCACCACCACCGAUGCAGCAACAGCAGCAACAACCGUCUCGUAACUCAUCAGGGCUCAACACACCAGCCCGGCCUCCGCUGAUGCCGAAUGCGUCCUCAUCGUCGCUGCCCGGCCACACCUCCGCCCCUCCGCCUCCGCCGCCGCCGUCAUCGUCGGGUGGGGUGUACAACGUGAACCACCAUAACCCGGGUGCGAUGCCCGGCAUGCCGCCCCUGCAGGGUCCCGCUGCUCCACCACCACCCACAGCGGCAUCCACACAGCCGUCGGCCCUCCCACCGAAUCGCAUGGGCUCACCCACCUCGAAUGGGAUGAUGGGCCAGCCGAAGCCGCGGCUCAUGCCGCACCCAGUCUCAACCUUCUCCUCGAUGCGCCCGCCGAGCGCCGGUGGUGGGGCCUCGCCCACCGGCCCACCGCCGCCCUCUCAACAGCAGCUGCAACAGCAGCCGUCCGCCUCGAUGGGCGGCUACCCCGCUGCUGCUGCUGCGGCGCCUCCACCGCUGUUGUCCAGCGCCCUCAGCCACUGCGCACCGUCGCAGCCGACGUCGCUCUACAACGUGACGGCUCAGCCUGCACCACCGAUGCAGCAGCAGCAGCAGCAGCAGCAGCAGCAGCAGCCUGCCAUGGCCGGUCCCCCGCCGCCGCGGCCUGGGAUGGCAGCCGCCAAUGCCGCCCCGGCAACCAUCAGCCCACCAUCUCAAAACGCGGCUCUCGCAGCGGUAAACCCGGCGCAGCUCCCUGCCCCGCUGCACGGACAAAUUGUACAGCGACUGCAGCAGCUCGUGCCGAACAUCGCCGACCCGCGCCGGCGUGCCGCCGUGGAGCAGGCGGCGAUGGAGCUGGUCCGGCAGAUGCAGCAGAACUUGUUGCCGGAGGAUCUGCUGAAGAUGCUGCAGUACUUCUGCAACAGCGCCGGCACACCAGCUGCGGCGCAGGUGUGGGCGCAGAUUGCGGAGCGCUACGGGCAAGGCGUGCAGGCCUACGCAAAUCUGCGUUACCUGUAA